AUGGGGAAAGGUACGAAGCGUUCUGCAAAGUCAGCAACGACAAAAGAAAGCAAGAAACCUAAGUUCCUGCCCCAGCCGGUCCCAGAGAGUGAGCUGGAAGCGUCAGAGAACGAAGCCACAUUCUACCAGUCUGCUGAGGAAGGUGAAGACGAUUCGAGCGAUAUCUCGGGUUCCGAGUUGGAUUCCAGUUCUGAACAAGAAGAUGCUGAUGAGGGCGAUGAACUCGAUGAUCUUGACGAUCUUGACGAGAAGAAUGACGCUGAUGAAGAUGAUGAGCUCGACGACCUUGAUGACCUCGAAGAGGAUGAUGAGGAGGAUGAUAGUAAUGAGAAGAGUGACGAGUCCGAGAAGGCAGCUGACCCAAACAAGAAGACUUCAGCGGAGCAGCAUGCCGAACAGAGAAAGUUGCUUGCAGAGAGAAAACUCAAAAGAAAGGCUGGUACUGAGGUAGAGAGAAUCAAGGCCUUGUGGGAGAAGUUGCGAGUGAAGAAGCCUACUCCACCAAAGCAAGUUAGAGACAAAUUGUGCGAUGAGAUUUGGGAAUUGGCCCACGAUGUUAUUUACGACUUGGUUUUGAAACACGACGCUUCUCGUGUUGUGCAGACUUUGGUCAAAUAUUCGUCGAAGGAGAGAAGAGACAAAAUCGUGCAGGCUCUUAAGGGCCAUUAUUACCAAUUGGCUACUUCCUCGUAUGGUAAGUACCUCUUAGUCAAGCUUUUGCAUUACGGCUCCAAAGAAUCUAGAGCUCUUAUUGUGAACGAGCUCCACGGCAAGUUGCGUAAGCUCAUGAGACACAAAGAAGGUGCAUACGUUGUGGAAGACUUAUUUGUUCUCUACUCUACUGCUGAGCAGAAGAACCAGAUCAUUCGUGAGUUCUGGGGUGCUGAGUAUGCCGUCUUUAAGGACUCCGGUAAAGGGAAAACCGUGUUGGACGUUGUGAAUGAGUCUGCAGAAAAGAGACAAUUGAUCAUGACAAAUUUGAGUGGUACAAUUGCAGCAUCUGUUGAGAAAGGAUCCACUGGAUUCCAAAUUUUGCAUGCUGCCAUGAAGGAGUAUGUCGCCAUUUUGGUAGAAGAUCCUGAGAAGAACGACACGCAAAUACGGGAGUUUAUCGAGCUUCUUGCCGAGCAGUUCGCUGAAUUGGUCCACACCCAAGAGGGUUCCGAGGUUGCAUGUCUGUUAUUGGCUCUUGCGAAUGCCAAAGAAAGAAAGGUGAUUAUUAGAUCACUCAAAAAUCAUGCAAAGGAGUUGAUCAAGAAUGAGCACGGAAAUACUGUUUUGAUUGCAUUGUAUAUGACAGUGGAUGACACUGUUCUUCUCCAUAAGUCAUUUAGUGCUGAGCUUUACACUUCGGAGCUCCUACCUGAACUCAUUCAAGAAAAAUUCUCUCGGAGACCUUUGCUUUACUUGCUUAAAGGGUUGGACGGGAAGUACUUCUCCCCAAAAGUAAAAGAGGAGCUUUCACGCUACGAGAAAAUUGCAUACGCUAAAACCACGAAGAAACCACAAGAACAAAGAAGAAUCGAGUUGCAGCUGAAGGCUUUGCCCUCGAUUUACAAGGCCUUGACUUCCACGUUGUCCCCAGACUCCAACCCAACAUUCACUAAGCUUCUAUCCGUCAACAUGGCCGCACAAUUCAUCACUGAAUUGCUUCUCACGCCAUCCGACGACGAAGAUGUGAACACUUCCAGAUCUGAGCUUGUGGAUGCUAUUUUUGAUAUCACAUUCAAGACAGAUAUUUUGGAAGACCACCAUUUGCUCAACAAAACUCCAUUUUUCUCCAGAUCGCUCAAGUCUUUAAUUCAUGGAGAUGAAUUCAAGUUCGAUAACGAGAAGAAAAAGCUUGUUACCGUUUCAGAAUCUAAACUUCCUGGUUUGGGAUCUUCUUUUGCAGCAAGAUGUUCCUCUGCCAUUUUGGAAGGUGAUACCUUGAGCAAAUGGGUCUCUGGCCAAGGUGCUUUCGUCGUUCUUGCUGUCUAUGAGGUCUUGGCUCUCAAGGACCAUAAAGAAAGUAAAAACCUCAACAAAGCAUUGAAGAAGAUAAAAGGUGAUUUGAAGAAGGAUAAGGACAACAAGGGAGCUCAAUUGUUGUUGAAACUUUUGUGA